CGUUGAUGUGAUAAGCACAACCGGUGCCACAGCGGGCACUAAGCUGAGAAUGUGGCUUGGGAUCACAGUUCUAAUUUCUCUUGCUGUAUGUUUGGCUAUGGAGGAGGCAACUGAGGAAGAAAUCCCUUGCUCAAAACAUCAGCUAGCUUUCAACCACUCAUGCUAUGAGUUUGUUAGACUGCAACGUACAUUCACAAGUGCCCAGAGGUGGUGUGAGAGAGGAGGGGGGCACCUUGUCUUUAUUGAAAAUGAGGAGACUCAAGAAUUCUUGCAGAAACAUAUUGCUGAGGAUCAGGAAUGGUGGAUAGGACUGAUUUCAGACUCCUUGCUGAAUGAAACUACUGACGGGUCAAUUAUUUGGCUGGACACCUCAAAUGUAAGCUACAGUAACUGGUACAAGGAUCAGCCAUCUCCUUUCUCAUCUGUGUGUGGAUACAUCCUGAAGAAUGCCAAGUAUCAGUGGGGGGUGACUGAAAACUGCAGCCAGGAAUUUGACUUCAUUUGUGAGUUUGAAAAUGGCCAGAGCAUUGCUUGUGAUAAUUACAAUGCCACCGUACAGUGUGGAUCAGGAGAAGUGAUUCAGAUUGGAGAGUCAUCCUACGGAAGGAAGACCCCUCACUACUGUGUAUUGGAGACUCCUCCCCAGAAUGACACGGAGGAAGAAUGUAGCUGGAUCAGUGUCAAAGAAGAAGUGGCAGGACAGUGUCAUGGUCUCCAGGCCUGCCAGGUGGCAGCAGAUGGCACUUUCUUUGGAGAUCCGUGUCCAGCUUCUGGCAGCUACUUGUCCAUUCAGUACCACUGCAAGGAGGGUCUGCAGCUGAUUGUAACAGACACAUGUUUUAUCUUUGAAAACAUCACAAUCACUUUGAACUGGCUGCUCUCUCCAUACUCUGGCAACCUUUCCUGCAUCAUUAGCACUGGAGAUGGCCACACUGUGGAUCCUUACUACCCUCUAACACUGCUCAGCAAUGUCACACAUAGAUAUGCAUCUCCUGGGGAGUUUGUUGUUUUUGUGGAAUGCAGCACCAGCGAAUGGCAUGUGACAGCACAGAAGCGGGUGAUGGUUCAGGACAAGAUGGAUGAACUAAGCAUUACUGGGUGCUACAGCCACCACGAGUCUGGGAACGGCUCUCACUGCCGAACGCUGUAUGGAGAGUUGUUGUGGAUUCAAGUUGAACUCAAUGGAGGUAGCGGAGUGACCUACAUUGUAAUAGCAAAUAACAUGACUCUUAUUGAGUCCAGUGCAGAGGAAGGAAUUGCCCCUCACAACCUGACACUUGACACUGCUGCUCAAGAGCUGCUAGGCCCUGGGGUACAUCAGCUGGAAAUCCGAGUGUCCAGCAACACAACUGCACCAGGGAUCUCGGAGAGCAUCGCUGUUCACCUAAUUGAGCCAGUGUCUGGCCUUCAGGCUGUAUUAGCUUCUCACACGCUGCAGCUGGGGGAGAAUUUGGAGAUAAAUGUCUCUGUGUCUCAUGGUGCCCCAGCUAAGAUGAGGUUUGAAGUGGUUGGAUCAAAUGAAACUCAUGCUCACCAGGAAGACUGCCCUCAAGGGGAACCUCAAACAUACAUCAUUCCCAUGCACUCUGAAGGUACUUUCCUAGUGAAAGUGGUGGCCAUGAAUGCUUUCUCAAAUGUGAGUCUGGAUAUUGGGUUCAUCAAUGUGCUGGCCAACAGUUCUCCUAAAGAAGGUAAUUGCGUUAAUCUGACAGUGCUGGUUUUGACCACACGUCUUUUUGCAAUGAGAGCACUUCAUGGAGUGUUUGUGGGUCACCAAAGAAAAAACAAAAUACAUAUUAAACCGAGUCGCCACGUGGAUCCUUUCACAACUAUUACUCUUGGCUGGCCAGAUAACAAUGAUAAUUCCAGUUUCCUCUGGUCCUGUGGAGCUUGCUGGCCUGAAUGGGAUGAAUGUGUGCAGCACCAGAUAAUCCUUACCAGCCAACAAGAGGUGCAAAUCCCCCCUUCCUGCCUUCCUCCUCCGAAGUCAGCAGUGACUGUGAGGGUCACAGUGCGAAGCCAUGGGAAUGAAGAGAGGCAGGACGAGCAGUGCCUCUAUGUGACUGCAAAACAAGAUCUACACCUAGAAAUCAGGUGUGAGGCAAACUGCAAGCCAGUGAAUACUAGUGAGGAAGUUGUUUUGAGUGUGUCUGGACAGAAGGACUCCCAGGACAUGUACUAUAACUGGUACUUAGAUAAUACGUUCCAAAGCAAGUCUACACCCCUCCCUCCAGCCUGCAGCCUGACUGGUUUCCGUCAGAACUCUUUGAAUUUGCUUCAAAGCAACACAUCCACGUUGAUAAUGAACAGCUCCUUCUUGCAGACGCAUGGAGAAGCUUUUCAGAUUAAAGUAACAGCACUGACUCAGCGUGCUUACGGGGAACAAACCUACCUUGUCAGCACCGUGCCUCCGCCCCAGGUCCCCAGCUGUGCUGUGUCUCCCAAGCAGGGAUCUGUGCUCACCACUUUCACAGUCUCCUGUAGCACUCCAUGCUCUGUGGAUUCGUGCCAAUCAAGUCAUAGCACACAGCUCAACUACUGCUUCUAUCUGAACUCAAAUUCUCUCCUUCACUGUGGCCCAGACCCUGAACUCUUCCCAGUUUAUCUCCCACUUGGAGAAGAGGAAAAUAAUUUCAUUUUACACGUGACAAUUACUAUUAGCAACAGUUUUGGUGAUACAGUUCACACCAAUGCUUCGGUGAAGGUUAUACAAGCAGAUACAAUCGAUGGGAACCUGACCCUGCAGACCAUUGUAUCUGAGAAGGCAAACACCAUCCUAAAAGAUGGGAACAACAGCAUGAGUCUUUUCCAGCUGUUUAAGUCAGUGACUUCAGUCCUUAAUCGUGAGACCCAAGAGGAAAACUUUAACAUAUCUUUACAGACAGACACACGAAAAGAGCUCCGAGGGCUAAUGCUGGCAACUCUCUCUGCUGUUAACGUAACAUCAGUACAAACUGCUCUUAAGAUGUCAGAAGUACUGAAAGAAAUCACUUACAGGACUGAAGAGCUGUCUGUCUCAGCACAGGUGGAAGCCAGCAAUACACUGAAAGAUGUCAGUGCUUCCUUGCUCACUGUAAACACAGAGGACAGCAGAGAUGAUCAGAAACUAACGGAUGCAGCCAACUACCUAUUUAAUGCAGUGAGCAAUGUCCUUCAAGCCUCCACACAAAACAGAGCCACGAACACUACAGUGUCUGAGGCAGAGCAGAGUUUGGUGUCCCACCAACUCCUGAAUACAGUUGAAAAUCUGCAGAGCGCACUUCUGUUUGGGAAGGAACCAGAUGAUGAACCCAUGGUCCUUACCACUCAUUCUGCCACAAUGUAUAUAAACAGAUUACAAACAGAAAAUAUGGAUGGUACAUCCAUUAAUAUCUCCACUUCCAGCUCUGCCAGUUUUACUCUCCCAGCUGCUUCCUCUCUUGGCAUUUCAGAAGUUGAUGAUGAAACAGUGGAUAUAAGGAUGGUGAGCUUGGCCAUGAAUCCCUUUUUCUCCAGUGAUACCAGUUUUGACAUCAGUGGAACAGUGGGAGGUCUAAGUCUUACUGGUCUGGAUGGCUUGAUCAUACCAGUCAGCAAUCUUAAAGAAAACAUUGAGAUAAUAUUACCAAGGCAUUCUGCACCCCAGGAAGAUAGAAUUCAGUUGAACCUGAGCAAUUUUAGCAUUUUCCAAGUAAACAUCACCUCAGAAAACACAUCAAUAGUGAUUCAGCUGGAAUGUGAACAAGACAUUCCACUAAUACUCUACUUAGGAUAUGGUUAUCGGCCAAAUGAAACUAACUAUGACAUGAAAAGUCAUCUGUUCUAUAAGAAAACUGCUGGAGGUGAAACAAAUACCUGGGUUCUUAGCCCUGAAGAACUCAUUUUUGGAGAGGGAACUUACUAUUUGAUGGUUUCACAAGACAUGGGAAUGGAUUCCACUGUCUAUGACGGGCUAGCUAUAGCUGUCACUUGCUUUGCAUCCCGCUGUGUAUUUUGGGAUGAGCAGCAAGGGAACUGGAACAGCUAUGGAUGUCAGGUAGGACCAAAAACAAAUUCUAGAAGCACACAAUGUCUCUGCAACCAUCUGACCUUCUUUGGGAGCUCCUUCUUUGUCAUGCCUAAUGCUGUUGAUGUUAGCAGAACUGCACAGCUAUUUGGUACAUUUGUGGACAACCCCAUCGUGGUGACCACAGUAGGAUGUAUCUUUCUGAUAUAUGUGAUUGUAGUUAUUUGGGCCCGAAGGAAAGACAUCCAGGAUGAUGCUAAAGCAAAAAUCACAGUGCUGGAAGACAAUGAUCCCUUUGCUCAGUAUCGUUAUCUUGUGACAGUUUUCACAGGACAUCGCCGUGGGGCAGCCACAACCUCCAAGGUGACACUCACUCUCUAUGGACUAGAAGGAGAGAGUGAGCCACAUCAUCUAACUGAUCCUGAGACACCAGUGUUUGAACGUGGAGGAGUGGAUGUUUUCCUACUCUGUACCCUCUUUCCUCUAGGGGAAUUGCAGAGUAUUCGACUGUGGCAUGAUAAUUCAGGGGACAAUCCAUCCUGGUAUGUGAAUCGAGUAUUGGUACAUGACCUUGCGUGGGACCAGAAAUGGUACUUCCUCUGUAAUUCCUGGCUAGCAGUUGAUAUUGGAGAAUGUGUCCUAGAUAAAGUGUUCCCAGUAGCUACAGAGCAAGACAUGAAGCAGUUCAGCAACCUGUUUUUCAUGAAGACCUCCAAGGGUUUCCAGGAUGGGCACAUUUGGUACUCAGUUUUCAGCCGCUCCCCACGAAGCUCCUUCACACGAGCCCAGCGCGUGUCAUGCUGCUUCUCACUGCUGCUCUGCACCAUGCUGACCAGCAUCAUGUUUUGGGGAGUGCCAAAGGAUCCAGCUGAGCAGAAAAUGGAUUUGGGUAAGAUUGAGUUCACAUGGCAGGAAGUGAUGAUCGGCUUUGAAAGCUCCCUCCUCAUGUUCCCCAUCAACCUGCUCAUCGUGCAGAUUUUCAGGAACACGCGACCCCGGCCAGCCAUGCAGGGCACAGAGAAGAAGCCAGGAAAGAAUGUCCGAGUGUCCCCAAGCCUAUCUCCCGCCCCACAGGUCACCCCAGCCAUCUCGCUCUCUCCAGAGGCUGUAACAAAGGACAUAAGAAGAAUUGCUAACUCGCUCUUUAAAGCCUUGAAGGCUCCAUCACUGACCUCAGUAUCAGAUCUCGGAAAAUCAACUAAUAUCAACAUGCUUUUGGCGUUGGUUGAAGAUGUCAUUUGCCAGCAGAAUAGAGCUGGGCAAGAGUUUUAUGAUGAAAACAAAAAGAAGGAUGACCUUGUAACUGUCACACUAGGUCCUAUGGAUAUACAAGAAAAAAUAAGAAGCCCAAGUCCUGAAAAGAGACUCUGUGAGCGACUGAAGUGCAGCGAUUACAGCCGCUGCUUGUACAUGCAACUCCAGCAGGUAGAGAUGGAGCUCGAAUUACUGGGGCCCCAUAAAUUUCAGAUACCUCAGAGUUAUACUCAAGCAGUUCGGCAGGUUCAGCACAUGAAGAACCUCCUGCAGAACCAGAUUUGCACGUCAGCAUCCAUCACUGAGAGGUGGUCACUGACUCCGAGCUUCUCUGGUGAUGAAAAGAAAAGUUCUUCUUCAAAAGGGCUGCCCUGGUGGUUUGUGUUCAUUGCUUGGUUCCUUGUUGCAGCCACCAGUGGUGUAUCUGGGUUCUUUACCAUGCUCUAUGGGCUGCAUUAUGGUAAGGAGAACUCCAUCAAAUGGCUGAUCUCCAUGGCCAUCUCCUUCUUUGAAAGUCUUUUCAUCACUCAGCCCUUAAAGGUGCUGGGAUUUGCUGCUUUUUUUGCUCUGGUUCUGAAGAAGGUGGAACAUGAGGAUGAAGAAAACACUGCCAUUGAUGGACCUUUACCUGCACCAGGUGACUCAAAUCCUCUCUUUGGAGCCCGACGGGACAGCAGAAGCAAUAUUUACCAGCCACCUCCUGCAGCUGAUGUCGAGAAAAUGAAAAUCAACUGCAUGAAGGAGCAGAAGGCAUUUGCCAUAAUCAGAGAAAUCCUGGCCUAUCUGGGGUUUUUAUGGAUGCUGUUACUGGUUGCCUAUGGGCAAAGAGAUCCCAAUUCCUACUACUUAAACAAGCAUAUUGAGAGCAGUUUUUCAGAAGGAUUCCGUGAUGUCUACAGUUAUGAGGAUUUUUUCACGUGGGCAAAAACUACUUUAGUAAAAAAUCUUUAUGGAUCAUAUAAAGGGUUCAUUACAGAUGGGAACUCCAAGCUGGUGGGCAGUGCUCGAAUUCGCCAAGUGAGAGUGAAGGGAGACACCUGCCCUAUUUCAGCCACCCUCCAGCACGUGAUUCAGGAAUGCCAUGCUCCAUACUCCCUACAAACAGAAGACACAUCAGACUACGGAGAACACUGGAACACUUCGGUCUUUGAUAUCUCCUCAGACUUGAGCUCAGCCUGGCAUUAUCAGAGCCAGACCAAAUUGAGAGGGCAGCCCGUCUGGGGCAAACUGGCCUUCUAUGGGGGAGGGGGAUAUGUGAUUCACCUGGGAACUGAUCCUCAGAAUGCCUCCAGAAUUCUCCAGUACCUUUUCAACAACGUUUGGCUGGACACCUUCACAAGAGCAGUGUUUGUUGAAUUUACAGUCUACAAUGCCAAUGUGAACCUGUUCUGCAUUGUAAGCCUGAUGUUUGAAACUAACGCUUUAGGGGCCUUUUUCACAAGUGCAGUGCUGCAGAGUGUCCGGCUCUACCCAUACACCAACAGUCUUCACAUUUUUGUUGUUGCUGCAGAAGUAAUUUAUUUCCUCUUUAUCGGGUACUACAUGAUCGUUCAGGGAAAACUGAUGAAGACUCUGAAAUGGAGAUAUUUCCACAGCAAGUGGAAUCUCCUGGAGGUGGCCAUUAUACUGAUUAGCUGGAGUGCCCUGUCAGUGUUUGUGAAGAGGACAAUCCUUGGGAGCCGAGACAUCAGCUACUACCAGGAGCACAAAGAGGACUCUGUAAGCUUUAAUGAAACAGCAAGAGCCGAUGCAGUUCUUGGCUACCUGAUUGCUUUCCUCGUGCUUCUCUCCACAGUGAAACUGUGGCAUCUGCUGAGGCUCAACCCUAAGUUACACAUGAUCACCUCCACUCUAAGGAGAGCAUGGGGUGAUAUCUCUGGAUUCAUCACUGUUAUUGCAGUCAUGUUUCUCGCCUAUUCCAUUGCUACAAACUUGAUAUUUGGCUGGAAGCUCUGCUCUUACAAAACUCUCUCCGAUUCAGCAGAGACCAUGGUCAGUCUUCAGCUGGGAAUCUUCAACUACGAGGAGAUCUUGGACUACAAUCCUAUUUUAGGUUCCUUCUUAAUUGGAUCCUGCAUUGUUUUCAUGACGUUCGUGGUGCUGAAUCUCUUCAUUUCAGUGAUUCUGGUUGCUUUCAGUGAGGAGCAGAAGCACUACCAGGCUUCAGAAGAGGAGGAAAUCGUGGACUUAAUGCUCAUGAAACUUUUCGGUUUCUUUGGGAUUAAAUGUAAGCAGGAAGAGAAGACGGGCUGUAACGAUCAGCCAAAGCAACCCGCAGCAAUUAGUGGACAACCGUAAC